CAACUGGUUUCCCACUUUUCCUUCUCAGCUCCUUCAUCGUCAUCUUCGUUGUCAUUGCUACAGUCUAAAUGCCUUCGGCAGCUCUCUCAUCCGCCGAGGACAAGAACCGUAUAAGAAGAGCGUUACCUAAUACGAAAAUCUUCACGGCAACUGUUGCUCGACUGUAUGUAGCCUACCCUAAUCCUCAGCGAUGGAGUUAUACGAAUAUAUGGGGUGGUUUAGUAUUUCUAGUCGACAAGAAGCGGAGGAAUGCGUUUUUUCUUCGCAUCGUUGACCUGAAGAAUCAUCCAGCUGUCAUCUGGGAACAGGAACUGUAUGAUGGCUUUGAGCUGAAAAUGGAUACACCGUUCUUCUUUACAUUUACAGCCGAUGAAUAUGUUGCUGGUCUAUCGUUUACCGACGAAAAUGACGCUCUAAUUCUGCACAAGAAACUGAACAGUCGAAUGGCAUUGAACGUCAGAGCCACAAAGCCCGCCGAUAAAGGUAAAAGCGGGAAAGGGAAAGGAAAGCUGGACAAAACUCAGAUUGGACUUCCAGCCGACUUCCGACACUUGGGUCAUAUUGGGUACACUCCAGAAAAAGGAUUCAGUGUGCAGAACAAUGAUCCUGAAUGGCAAGGCGUUUUCGAGCAGUUGACGGCUUUGGGUAUUUCAGCGGAGGAAAUUCACGAGAAUGAAGACUUCAUCAAAGAUUUCGUAGAGCAAAGAGGAGGACCGGCUCAAGCAAAGCCUAAAAAAGCUCCCCCGCCUCCUUCACGACCAGGAUCUCGCAAUCCUGCUCCAGCUGCAAAGUCUAAACGUCCACCACCUCCACCUCCACCUCGCGUUGGAGGACGCCGUCCACCGCCUCCACCUCCUCCAUCGCGUAGAAGUGCUCCACCCCCUCCUCCUCCCACGCGACCCAUGUCGCAUGCACCAGCUCAUUCACCCAGACCAGCGCCGCCUUCUAUGAUGAGUCCAUCGCAACCUAAUGGGAUGGCUUCUCCGAGAUCGAACAAUCCUUACAAAUCUCGAAGUGCUGCACCUAGCACCCCAUCCAUUUCAACACCACCUCCUCCGCCGCCACCGCGAGUAGAAGAACAGCAGCCAACUUAUUAUGAGGAUGAAUACAAUGAAUGGCCGGCCGAGCAACAUGAAGUGUCCUCACCAGCACCUCCGCCACCGCCGUUGCCGCCAUCUUUCUCGGCUCAGCCACCGUCUCGGCCACAACCUGAUAGAGCCCCAUCUUCAUCGGCACAAUCGCGCCCAGCACCCCCUCCGUUGCCUCCUAUGCCAACUGGACGAGGUGCUCCACCGCCACCACCUCCGCUACCAAACCGGCAAAAGGAUCGUGGUCCUCCACCCCCUCCACCCGGUCCACGUAUACCAGCUUCUUCUCCAGCUCCCGCGUCUACUCCAGAUUAUGAUUAUCAAGCUGAGCAGCAGCAAACCUCUGCUCCUCCUCCCCCACCACCACCUCCGCCUCCCCCGCCAUUUUCUCCUCCUCAGCAGGGUGGAGCACCACCACCACCACCACCACCUCCUCCUCCUCCGCCAGUUGCUGGAGCGGGUAUGCCACCACCACCACCUCCUCCUCCACCGGUUAUGAGCAGUGCCUCAUCUUCGGAAACACCACCGUCGAUAUCUGAAAUUCUUCCACCGGAAGCUUCUUCUGGUGGCCGUAACGCUUUGAUGGAUGCCAUUCGUGGUUCAGGUGGUAUUGGUGCUUUACGUACUUCCAAAUCUCAACCUCGCGAAGAAUCUCCAGUUGAUUCACCUUCUAUGAGUAGUGGUAGUGAUCUGACUAACAGCUUGAUUGCUGCCCUCAAAGAUCGUAAAAAGGCUAUUCAAUCUGACGAUGAAGAAGAAGAAAGUGGCGGUGAAUGGGAUGAUGAUGAUGAUUUCUAAUAGUUUUAUAACCGUCUAGUCUACAGUAGUUAAUGGCUUAUUGAACACAUGUUGGGGGAAAAAUAAAUACGUCGAUUUUAUUACAAUAUUGCGAAGAAAAAAAAGGGUGUUUGGAGAAAGG